CAUCCCCAAAGAGAGGACGACGUCAUCGUGUUAUGUGUACACACAUAGCAAUUCAGUGAUGUGAUGAGUCAUCAUUGUUGUGUUCUCGUUCGUGGUUAAUCUCUUGAGAAAUUUUUAGUAUUUUUAUUUCUUUGCUGUCAUUUGGGAACUGUCAGAUUAGACGUAGUGUCUGAAAUAUUCCAAUAUAAAUUUGAUAAAGUUUUUCUAUACAGAACUGUUUAUAUAAAGUAGUUACAAACAUUUCUAAUAUUAAUAAAGUUCGAACAAUUACGUAAAUCAGUUUUUGUGUGCUGGAUAUUUUUUUAGUUUUGUGAUAAAAACAAAUCGAACUGAUGACGAUGAAGCUAGAAGUUAGUGACAGCCAAUCUAACCAUUCAGAUUUCUCUUGCGAUAGUCAAUCUUCGCAAGGAUCCUCUACAAAUGAUUUCAUAUCUUCGGUGCCUACUUCCAGGUCUUUACUUACAUUGGCAAACCUCGAGGGCCUCCAGUCGGGGGUACCGACUCGCACCACGGCCACCAUAACACCAACGCAGCUGCGCAACUUCGAACAAACUUACAUCGAGCUGAACAACUGUAGGAGCGAGCAGGCCAACCACGCGGGCUUCGUGCCACCUUCAGUCACGCACGCCAAUAAUUACGGCAUCCUGAAUUCGGUGGGGUAUUGUGAUUCGGGCCCGACGACGACGCUGCAUGUGUCGCCGGGCCCGCUCUCCGCCAGCGGCGACAGCAGCAGCAGCCCGGGACUACCAGCUCCCAAACGGCGUAAUAUGGGCGGCCGGAGACCAACCAAAGCCCCACAAGAUCUCUCCCCUGAAGAAGAAGAGCGCAGGAAAAUUCGGCGGGAACGCAACAAAAUGGCCGCCGCCCGCUGCCGUAAACGAAGACUUGACCACACCAACGAACUCCAGGAGGAAACUGACAAACUCGAAGAAAAGAAACAGUCGCUUCAAGAGGAAAUUCGUAAAUUAAACGUUGACCGCCAAAACCUUGAAAUAAUCCUGCAAAAGCAUCUUCCCUCGUGUCGCUUGAAAAAGAGGUCCAUCAGUCCACCAGACAUCAAACCUUUCCACGACAACAACUAUUAUCCCGAACUCCCAGAAGAUGGCGUCCGCGUCAAAGUGGAGACGAUGGAGCCCGCGGCUGAUCUAGUGUUGUCAGAGAAUGUUAUGUUCACAUCGCCGAUCCCAGACCAAAAAGUAAUGCUGUCGGCGGCGAAUCCAGCCGUGGUGACGAGCGCAACACAAAUUACCCUGGACACGCCCCCGGCGACCACACGCCCCACCAGGCCCAGUUUCCUUUAUGUACAUACAAAUCCUGCACAGGCACACAAAACGAAAGCAAUGGGCAACAACAACACCGUGGCAGGUGUCGAGAUCACAACUCCAAGCAAUGGCAUCCCGUUCAACUUCGACAGCCUCAUGGAGGGCGGCACCGGACUAACGCCGGUACACCCGCACCCGCACCCGUGCGGCCAGCAGCAGCGCGCCGCGCCCGACGCCGCCUCACCGGACGCGCACAGCAGCCUCGUCAGCCUCUGAGACUAUCUCGACGCCACCUUCCUGCUGUUCGAAAUUGAGCCCUCACUCGUUGACUUAGAGUCCGAUGGCGUGUGAGCGCUCAGUUCGCAGCACGUGGCUUCUUUUCACUUGCCCGUCCAAAUUGGUGGGAAACAAACAUUUGUAGUUACGUUUACGCUACCGCAUGAGUUAGAACAAGAUACCGUUGUUGUUAUCUCGUUCUAUUACGUGUGUGUGGCAGUAAGCGUGUCUAUAAAUUCGUUUGUCGCUACUUCUAAUGAGGAAAGUGUUGUUCGGGCCAGAGCCGCGUGGCGGAAGGGGCUUCGAGACGCUUCUAUGUAGUAAGUUUAUGCGUGCCUUGCGCAGGUUGUCGGCCGGCGACAGCGUGAGACGCGUCGUCGGUCCAGCGAACCUAGUUCGUAUAGCAACUGACUUUUGUACUUCAAAUAAUACGGAUUAUUUAUUUAUUCAAUGUACUCCAUCAAUCCGGUCAAGCUGUUUUUUCUCUUCUCGUUUUAUAAGUCGAUAUCUUUCUAUUCUUGUAUUUGGCCUAUUCAUAGCGAUCGGCUAUAUUUAUUUAUUGACGAACUUUUACAAUAAGUAACUUACUUGCUCACUACGUGCUUUGUAUUUAUAUUGUAGUUUUAUAAUGUUAGUGUCGGCCUAGAGUUGCCAGCCUAAUGAAGUCAAUUUAUAAGCUGUUUUAACUAUCUAAUCGAGAAUAUUUUUAUAAAAAAUUGUAUUUGCCUCAUAAAUAAUAAUUGUGAUGUAAAAUAAAACAGAGUUUUAUUUGAAGCAUUUCAGGGAUUUAUUUUCGUGUUGUGCUUAAAUUCUAGCGAGGCUAGACUAGAUGGUGCGUUAGUUGUAAUGUGUAAAAGAUCUCUUUUACAAUUUUUGAAAGUGGCACAAAAAUUAUUAUCGUCGGUGUUUCUUGUCAUAAUAAAACAUAGUGCCAUUGUCUACGUCUACUCUCAGAAACAGUUACGAGUAUGAUAUAAUUAGUUAACCAUAAAUUAACAGCAAUAUUACAUAAAGAAUAAUAUAUUGAAUGUAAGUUAGCUCAAUGUUGGUGUAACGUCUUACCGUUCCAUUGGAUUAUGUAUUGGUAUGCAACAUUACUGAUAAGCGAUUUAUGUGAUACGUCCAGUGAUUAUGUAUUUGACCCCGCCCCAGCGGCGGUAUAGUUGCUUAAUUCACUCAUGCCAUUUGUUAACAUUAUCUAUUUCCAAUAUCGAUGACUUGUCGCCAGUUUAUACAGGGUGUAUUGAAAGUUUUUAAAACAGCAUAUGUACCCACUCAACCUUUAGCAAAUGAAGGACAUCAUGGAUACUAAGCAGUUAUAUGAAACUUUGAACUUAACGGUUGUGCUGCUUUUACGUAAUUUGUAUUAGGUUUCGAUGGAUUAGUAAAUGUUUAGAAUACAGAAUACGUAUGGUGUACGGAUUUAGUUACCAGAUAUAUUUUCUUUACAUCCUGUAUACUAUAAAGUUUAAUAAAAAAAAUAUACUUUUAAUUUCUGUUCAAAAUGCUCAUAUUUAUAAUGAUUUAUACCAAUGAUGAGAUUUAAUUAGUCUAUUAUUAUAGAUAAUUGAGUCACUGAUUAGUGUAGAGCGUCUAAAAUCAUCGAUAUUAGAUUAAUGAUAGUUUUAAUUAUACAUAUUGUAUUUUAGAUACAAUUUUUUUCAUAGGCAUGAGUCUGUCGGUCGUUUUUAUAGAGACCACUGGAAUUUAAAGUAAAAUAGUUUAAGGCAAUAAUUAGUAUAAGAAUACUUAACAUUUUAAUUAUAAUAUUCAUAACUUAGACCAAAUUAUUAAGUUAUAUGCUUUAUUGUAGAUAUAAUUAAAAUCUAAGCCAAAAAUUCAUUUUAUUUCGUUACUGUAGGUUUGUUUAGCUUUCAUUUACUUUGAAGUAUUAUUGAAUAGGACGGAUUCUGAGAGUAUUUAUUUAGUAUAGAUAAUAAAUCAUCACUCGAAACGGCUCGCAAUAGCGCGAGUCAACGUUUGCGCAACCGAUUUUUAUAUAAACUUAGUACGCAUUCGAAAUAUUAUGCAUAAUAUGAACAUCUAGAUUUAAUAAGAAAGAUGUAAUUUUUUCUAGAAGAUGUUUUCUUAACGCAUAGAAUACUUUUGUAUUUUUUCAAGAAAUUAAGCAAAGCAAUACCAAUAUAUUUGAUAACAUUAUUGAAAUUUAUCGCCAGAUAUAGUGAAUUAUAUAUGUAAAUCAGAAAAUAUAAAUUUGUUACAUACACCUA